GUCCACCAAAUAGUCUAAUGCGUUUCCAAUCCUCUUGCACCAAUUUCUGCCAUGAACAAAUCCUAUAUCUUUCAUCAGUUCUUGCUCCAACUUCCCUACUAGCUAGCUAGCAGCCUGCAAUUAAUCUGGUCUCGAUCAGUCCGAGGAGGAAGAUGAUGAACUCCCUUCUCUCCAUCUCCUUUGUCGUUCGGUUUGCUUCAGAAUUUCAUCUCAGAAAACCAGCCGCCUCUGCUUACAUGGCCUGAUCAUAAUCAUGGUUUUUUGGAGUGUAGAAUUUCAGUUCACAGUUUGAAGAAUCAGAGAAAAAGAAUGGAUUUUUAUCACCGCCCGCACCGGCUGCUGCUGGAUAAACGUGUGGAUUUGCAGCACAAAAAUGGGAGCAGCAGGAUUAUCCGCCAUGGCUAUGGAAACGAAGCAAGCUUUGAUACUAACAUGGUGGUCAUCCUAGCGUCUUUGCUUUGCGCUCUCAUCUGCGCCCUGGGGCUCAACUCGAUUCUCCGGUGCGCCAUGAGGUUUAGCAGAAGGUUUUCUUUCGCGGAGGAGGAGGAGGUGGCGGGCGGCGGCGGGGUGAAAAGGAGCCGGCUGAGGGAGAUUCCGGUGGCGGUUUACGGCUCCGGAGUGGAUAUUCCGGCCACCGACUGUCCGAUUUGCUUGGGGGAGUUCGUGGAUGGCGAGAAGGUUAGAGUUUUGCCUAAGUGUCGCCAUGGGUUUCAUGUAAGGUGUAUUGAUAGGUGGCUGGCUUCACACUCUUCUUGCCCGACGUGCCGCCGAUCUUUGCUCGAUCAACCUGCACCGUCCGAUGCACAAGAUGCUGCGGCUGCGAUUUCGUCUGGUGCCCAUGCUACUAUGCCUGCAGGGGCUGCAGGUGAUGAUGCUGGUUAAAGUGCAAGAGAUAAAUAUAUCAGAUAUACCUACUAAGGUUUGAAGUUAGUUUUUUUUUUUUUUUUUUUUUUUUUUUUUGUGUUUUUUUUUUUCCUAAUCUUUGUAAUUUAAGUUGUAUAAUAUGGUGCCUGAGUAUUUAGAACGGUUAGUUUAAGAAAC